UUUUUCUUGAUCGAUGAACAUUUUUUUUUUUUUAAAUAUUGCGGAGUAUAAGGAGAGUAAUAAUUUUUUUUUCCAAUCAUUCAUUGAGAAAUAAAACUAGUAAUUAACAAAUGUAUAGAAAAAAGGAUGUUUACAUAAAAGUGUGACGAUCACUAUAAAUUAGUGAAACAUCUGCGCUAUUAAAUUUGUUAAGUUUUAUGUUCAUUAGAUAGAGGAUAUAUAUUUGAUUUAAUAUGAGAACUUAUAUAGAUUGGUAUGUGAUGCAUUAUAAGACAAAUACAAUUUAAAAAUGCACACUUACACUACUCUCCAAGGCUGUGGAGUUAUCAGCAUUCAACAAUUGCUUAGCUGGCUGCCUCACACACAUUUUAUAUACCUUGUCCACUUUAGUAUACUCUAAACCAGCCACCUGUACUGUGUAUAUUAUCCUGAGUGCGCUCUUCAACUUGAAAUUUAUUAUUUUUUUUACAAUUGAUAAUAUGGAAGUAUGUGAAUAUUGAAAUUUUUAAAGGAAUUAAAAAUUUUUAAGCAAAAAAAAUAAGUUGUAAUACUUAUUAUAGUAAAAUAGUUUUUCGAUCUCAGACUUAUCAUGAUAGCUUCUGGAUUAAUCAUUUAAAAAAAUUUGAAAUCAACAGAAACUGUAUCGAUAAAUAUUCUCUGAUAUGGAGACGCUUGAGGAUUUAUCUCUUUAUUUCUACAUUGCUUGUGGAAUUGCAGCCAUUGGUUUUUUAAUACUUUUCAUUCUAGUUUCUAUUCUAUUUGUUAAAGUGAAACGAGUCGCUGCUAAUGAAUCAAAUCAAUUGAAUAGACAAGUAAAUAUGAUGUCUGAUUUUUGUUACACAAAUCCAACAAUUGUCCCGGGAGAAGAAUUAUCGCGACGGGGAUUUUCAAUGUACAGUGGUGCUGAUCAUUUUAGUGAAGAUUUUUCGAAAAAUAAAUAUACUACGGGUAUGUAUAUGCAAGAAAAUAGAUCGAAAUUUUGAUAAUUUAAGUAUUUUUUAAAUAAUACAUUCAUUAGGCAUUAUUUUAUUGAAAAAAAAAUAGAAAACAACAAUUAUAAAUAAAAAAUAAUUAUAAUUGUAAAAUUUGAGAAAAAAAAAAUUAAUUUAAAAAAUUGCGCAAUUAUUUCUUACAAUGAUAAUGAGAUUAUCGAGCGAUUUUGUAUAGAAAGAAGUUCUCCUUGCCAUUCAAAGAUGUCACUACUGUUUAGAAAUUUUAAACAUAUAAUUUUUUUUUAAAUUUUCCAAUUUUUCUAAUUUUAGAUAUUUUAAAUUAACAAAAAAAAUUCAAUUAAUAAAAUUUAUAAUUUUUUUUUCCUGAUAAAAUUAAUAAUUUAUAAAUUCUUUUUGGUAAAAAAAAAUUGUUUACCUAAAUUAUUUUGAAAUUCAAAUUCAUUAAGAAAAUAACGAACAAAAAUUAAUUUUUGUCAAUUUUCUUUAAAAUAACUUAAAAAUUUCAAUAAAAGAAAAUAUUUAAUUUUAUAUGAAUGAAAACAUCUUUUUGAAAAAUGAAAAGACUUGUACUAUAAUUAACUUUGUAAGUACAUAUAUAUAAUGUAUAAAAAUUGAUAAUAUUUUAUGAGCAUUAUGAUCACUGUUAGAUAUAGAUAAACGUUUUUUUAAAAAGAAAAAUAUAUUAGAUACAUUUCUCUGACCUACAUAUUACUAUAUUUUAAUUUCUAAAUUAAAUCUUUUCAAUUUUUAUUGAAUUAUCAUCACAGAAAAUUAAAAGGCAUUAAAAUAAGCUAUUAUUUUAAUUCAAUUUUGCUUAUUUUAAUCCACUUUGGUAUUAAAAUAAGCAAAAUUGGAUUAAAAUAAUAAGCAUUGCAGCUUAUUUUAAUACCUUAUAAUUUUCUGUGAUAAUAUUAUUAUUGGUAUUUAACAACCUCCACUUAAAC